CAACUGUUAGAAAAAAGAACAGAGAGCUUCUUCCUGUGUCUGCCUGUCUCUCUAUCUGUCUCACAGAUCUGUUUUUUUUAAUAUCCUCUGUUUAAUCUCUUCACUCUUACGCUUCAGCUCUUUGCCCGAAGAACUCGCAUUUGAUCCUACUGUGUCAAUUCGCUCCCUACUCUCCCUCUCUCUGUGCUGUCUCUUCCCUAUGUUCCAAGGUUGCAGAGCUUCAUUGUUUUGGCUCGCAUUGAAUCGGUGCUCACUGGCAUGGUGAUGUUCUGGUGGAAUUCGCCGGAGCUCCAGUGAGUGCGGAGGUUUCCGGUUAAAUCUUGGCGGAGCUCCGGCGGAGCUUGGAUAUUGUUAGUAAGACGUGCAGCUGGGAGAGAGAGGAUGUUCAAGUCGGCGAGGUGGAGGAGCGACAAGAACAAAGUCAAAGCUGUGUUCAAAUUGCAGUUCCAUGCAACGCAGGUGUCGCAGUUUAGUGCGGAUGCGUUGACGGUAUCUCUGAUUCCUGCGGAUGUGGGAAAGCCGACGGCCAAAUCAGAGAAAGCUACAGUUCGAAACGAAACCUGUUGUUGGGAAAAACCGGUCUACCAGACGGUGAGAUUUAAUCGGGAACCGAGGACUGGGAAGAUCAUUGGGAGGAUCUACUACUUCCUUGUCUCAACUGGAUCCUCAAAACCAGGUACAAUUGGGGAAAUUUCUAUUGAUUUUGCUGACUAUGCUGAGGCGACCAAGCCUUUGUCUGUCUCUCUUCCCCUUAAGAAUUCAAACUCGAAUGCGGUUUUGCAUGUUUUGAUUCAGAGGCUGCAGGCAGAUGCCGAUCAAAGGGAAAUGGAGCAAUGUGAAGAGUUGAACAUAAAAUCCGAGGAUAAGAGCUUGAAGACAUUCUUGAGCAAUGGUGAUGUUGAUGAAAUCAUUGCAAGCCAUCCUACUGAAGAUGGGCCAACCAAUAAAACUACCCACAAUUCUGAAUUGAAUGGUAACCAUAGAGCGUCUAUUGGAUCUGACAUUACAUUAUCAGGUUCUGAGAGUAGCUCUGGACUUAAUACCCCAAGAGAACUUGGACUGAGAAGUAAUACCAUGCAUCAGGAACAAGCAGCAAAUGCCUCUAUGACAGUAUACGAGGAGUGGUCAGGCAGUUCUGAUCAUGGCAUAAGUACAGAUGAGUCGACUCAUAGUUCUCAUGGUGCCCUUCAAAGAGAGAGAUCUCAGCAGGCCUCAGAUAUUGAAAUUGAAAAGCUCAAGGCUGAGCUGGUUGUGUUGGCUAGGCAGGCAGAUGUGUCAGAGUUAGAAUUGCAGACCCUUCGAAAGCAAAUCGUAAAAGAGAGCAAAAGGGGGCAGGAUCUUUCGAGAGAGAUUGUAAGCUUGAAAGAGGAGAAAGAUGCACUCGAAUCAGAAUGUGAGAAACUCAAGGCCUUCCAUAAACGUAUGGAUGAGACAAAAUUCAAAAACAAGUUGCAGUCAGAAGGUGGGGAUCUGUGUGCUCUUGUUGAAGAACUUGGACAAGCACUGAUCUAUGAGAAGGACCUGAAUGCUAAUCUUCGGUUACAAUUGCAGAAAACUCAGGAAUCUAACACUGAGUUGAUUCUUGCUGUAAGUGACCUAGAAGAAAUGUUGACAACAAAGAACACGGAAAUAUCUGAUCUUUACAGCAAAAUAGGAUCCAGUGAGAAUGCUGAAUAUUUGAGGGGAACCCUCUUAAAAUGUGAGACAGAUGAGGAUGAAGAGCAGAAAGCACUGGAAGAGCUCGUUAAGGAGCACAGUGAUGCCAAAGAAACAUGCUUGCUGGAGCAAAAGAUCAUAGACCUCAAUGGUGAAAUAGAGAUUUAUAGGAGAGAUAAAGAUGAGCUAGAGAUGCAGAUGGAGCAGCUUGAACUUGACUACGAGAUAUUGAAGCAGGAAAACCAUGACAUGUCAUAUAAACUGGAGCAAAGUCAACUGCAAGAACAACUGAAGAUACAAUAUGAAUGUUCCACCCCUCCUGACCUAACUGAACUAGAAGCCCAUAUAGAUAGCUUGGAAAAUGAACUCAAGAAGCAGUCAAAGGAAUUGUCAGGUUCUUUGGCUACCAUGAGGGAACUUGAAACCCAUAUCAAAAGGUUGGAAGAAGAAUUGGAGAAGCAGGCUCAAGGAUUUGAAGGUGAUCUGGAAGCUGUAACACGUGCCAAAGUUGAGCAGGAGCAAAGAGCCAUCCGAGCAGAGGAAGCCUUGCGGAAGACAAGAUGGAAAAGUGCUAGUACAGCUGAGAGGCUUCAGGAUGAGUUUAGAAGGCUCUCAGUGCAAAUGUUUUCUACAUUUGAUGCAAAUGAGAAGGUGGCUGCGAAAGCAUUGAAGGAAGCUAAUGAACUCCGUUGGCAGAAAAGUCAACUAGAAGAAAUGCUCCAGAAAGUCAAAGAAGAGCUCCAGUCGAUGAGGGAUGACUAUGAGGCAAGAAUGCACGAGCUUUCCAACCAAAUAGAUAUGAAGCAAUAUCAGAUAGAGCAGAUGUUGGUGGAAAUUGAUUACAAGUCCAACCAGCUGGAAUAUCAGAAGCAGCAUGGGGAAGAAGUUAGCAGGGCUUUCUCCAAGGAGAUUGAAGUUCUCAAAGCUGAGAUUAAAAGGCUCAUGAAAGAGCAUAUAAGCCUUUCUGAACGUGCAGAACAGCAAGAAAAUUGUCGAGCAGAAUUGGAACAAAUGAAGAUAUCAAUUAAGGAAUCUGAGAUGCUGGUUCGAAGGGGAAAUGAGGAAAGAAUUGAACUGGUGAGCACAAUUGCAUUGCUGAUGAAGGAAGCAGAGAAGUCACUGAAGGAGCUAAGUAGAAUUAGGCAUCUCAAGGAUGAGAAGGAGGCAAUAGUUGGUGUCUUACAAUUGGAGAUGGAAACAGUUAGAUCUCAGUGUAAUAAUUUGAAACAUUCCUUGUUUGAGGAUGAGUUUGAGAAAGAAAACCUCAGGAACCAGAUCUUGGAAUUAGAAAAUGACGUAAGGAAGAAGGUUGACGAAUUGACCAGUAUAGAAAAGAAGCUCAAGGAUAGUUAUGGGCACUUGGUUUCUGAUGGAACCCAAACUACGCUGAAAAACCAAAAACCAACUGCAGCUCCCCACGGUUUGAAAGAAGUUGCAAGUCUGAGGGAGAAAAUAAAACUGCUUGAGGGACAGAUAAAGCUCAAGGAAACUGCCUUGGAAACCUCAACAAAUUCAUUUUUGGAGAAGGAAAGGGAUCUUCAAAAUAAAAUUGAAGAUUUAGAGAGAAAAGUGGAAGAACUCAGUCAGGCCAUUCCAUUUCAAAAGGCAAGCAAAGAGACUAGCAACAAUGUUUCAAACAGUGGUGUACCUGAUCAAGAAGCAAGGACUGCAACCGACCAUUUGAGCAUUACAGCAUGCCCUCGGCCUGGAGAGAAUGAAAACGCAUUGUCACUAAAUCAGAGCAAUUAUGAAACUUCAGAGAAAGAACUGAUCAAAGCCUCCAGUAAAGGAAACCUUGAUGACGAUUUAAUUGCCGAAUUGGCGUCGUUAAAAGAGAGGAACAGAUCAAUGGAAACUGACCUAAAGGAGAUGCAAGGGAGAUAUUCAGAAAUAAGUCUCAAGUUUGCAGAGGUAGAAGGUGAAAGACAAAAGCUUGUAAUGAAAUUACGUAACCUCAAGAAUGCUAAGAAGAUAUAAUUAUUUAUUUAUUCCCGAAUUGAUGGAAUAUAAAUUAAAUACGAUACACAGUGAAUUAA